AUGGCGUCCGUGGCUGAGAUACACGAGCUCCUGCAACAACAUCUGCAACCCUCUGUGGUCAGCUACAAUGGGUCAAUCAGCGCAUGCGUCAGAGGCAGAAACUGGCAGCUGGCCAUCUCCAGUUUGGAUAGUGGCUGUGAAACCCAGACUCUUCCGCAUCCGGAUAUUGCCUCCUACAACUCUGCCAUCAGCGCCUGUGAAAAGAGUGCACACUGGCACGAGGCGUUACAGGUUUUUGAGACCGUUGCCACCAGCCAGCUUCGGCCGACCGUCAUCAGCUGCAGUGCAGCCGUCAGUUCGUGCGAGAAGGGGGUAGCGUGGACAGAGGCGCUGGCUCUUCUGCGAGGUUUGGCACGCAGCAAUGUGCAAGCCGAUAUAUUUACAUACAGCGCCCUCGUUACCGCCGGCGGCAGGGCCCUGUACUGGAAGUCAGCUAUUGCCGUGAUGUUCGUCAUGAAGCAGCGAGAGCUGCAACCGAAUUUGGUCACCUACAACGCAGCCAUGGCGGCCCUCGUUGAGGGUGGCGAGUGGUUCCGGUCAGUUGAAAUCAUGGAGAGUAUCUACAAGCACAAACUUCAGCCAGACAUCGUCAGCUACGGAGCUGCAGUUUCUGCUCAUGGACGAGGUCGCAGUUGGGAGAGGAGCUGUUACCUGCUGAAGGAACUUCGAGAAUGUCGCCUGAGACUGGAUUUGGUGACCUACAACUCUGCACUCAUUGCGUGUGAAGCAGCAGGGCAGUGGCGACAGACACUGCUCCUGAUGGAGGCGAUGGCCAUGGAUCGUCUGCGAGGUGAUGUGAUUUCUUUCAGUGCUGCGGUGAGCGCCUGCGACCGAAGAGGAAGAUGGCAACCGGCCUUCUUUCCUGAGGUGCAGUUGCUCCCUUUCUUAGGCAGCUUGAGGCUGGCUUUGUUGCACUUAGCGAGAUCAUGA